CUCAGUGCUCGGAGACAGUCCAGUGGAUGACACCAUAGGAGACGUGCGGUUGGAGAGGGAAGCCAAAGAAGUGGUACCUUUUGGAGGAUUGAAGUGGACCAAGAUACUUCUGUUGAUUUGUAUCUGAUAUUAUUGUUGUUGUUUUCUCCUCUGGACUCUUUUCAUGGUUGUUGCCGAACGCAGUCAAGACAGAGCCGACGUGAUGCCAAUCACCAAAUCAACCAAGAAGAAGAAAUGGAAGAAGGAAGCCGGUGAUGUGGAGGACCCAGAAGGCAGCCCUCCAGAGCCAGGUAUUGAGAUGGAGGGACUGGCCAGUAGGAGGCAGUCAGAGACGAUCCCUCUGACCCCUGAACCACAGGAAGUCCCACCACAGAAGAGGAAGAAGAAAAAGAAAGCUCAGACCCAAGGUACUGUUACCCUCGUACCUUAG